CGCGGCAGUCAGAUCGCGCCGCGUAAUCGCAUAUAGCCCAAGCAAACCUUCGUUCGAGUUGGAGACUCGCAAGCGGAGAACAGAGGGGACACGCAGGCAAGGGCGGUGCCGCCAGCGCGAGAUCGAGGGAUUCCCCCGCCGACGCGACGCCGUUAGAGGGCGGCGCCGAGGGAACUCGAGAUGGUGAGCGCGUUCUUCGUGUUCUGCGGGUGCGUGGACCAGGCGAGCGUGGCGGUGGUGGAGAGGUGGGGGCGCUUCUUCCGCCUCGCCGAGCCGGGCCUCCACUUCUUCAACCCCUUCGCCGGGGAGUGCGUCGCGGGGUCCCUCACCACCCGCGUGCAGUCCCUCGACGUCCGCGUCGAGACCAAGACCAAGGAUAAUGUCUUCGUCCAGCUGAUUUGCACAAUUCAAUAUCGUGUUGUCAAGGAAAACGCUGACGAUGCAUUCUAUGAGUUGCAGAAUCCCCAACAGCAAAUUCAGGCCUACGUCUUUGAUGUUGUUCGGGCCAUAGUUCCAAGAAUGAAUUUGGAUGAUCUUUUCGAGCAAAAGAAUGAUGUGGCAAAAGCUGUUCUGGAGGAGCUUGAAAAGGUGAUGGGAGAUUAUGGUUACAGCAUUGAGCACAUUCUCAUGGUUGAUAUCAUUCCUGAUGCUGCUGUGCGCAAAGCAAUGAAUGAGAUAAAUGCAGCCCAAAGGCUUCAGCUGGCAAGCGUCUACAAAGGAGAAGCAGAGAAGAUUCUGUUGGUGAAGAAGGCGGAGGCAGAAGCAGAGGCAAAAUAUCUCUCUGGUGUCGGCAUUGCCAAGCAGCGGCAAGCUAUAACUGACGGCCUCAGGGAGAACAUCCUGAACUUCUCGCACUCGGUGUCGGGCACCAGCGCCAAGGAAGUCAUGGACCUGAUCAUGGUCACGCAGUACUUUGACACCAUCAAGGAGCUCGGGGAAGGCUCGAAGAACACCACGGUGUUUAUCCCCCAUGGCCCGGGCCACGUGAGGGACAUCAGCGAGCAGAUCCGGGACGGCAUGAUGCAGGCCUCGAGCAGCAACGUGUAGACCACUUGUUCACGUGGGCACACACGGCUCUGGAGACGCCUCAGCUCGGGAUGAGCCUCGAGCUAAUCUGUUUAUAGUAUUAGGUUAUUAGUGGUAAAUAACGAGUGCUAGGACUUUCGGCUUGGCAUCUGGAGUUGUAUGCGGUCCUAAAACUAGCAUGAGAUAAUGUACGGGCCGUACGCGUUUUUGCAUGCUCUUUUAGCUACAAGUUAUACAGUGAUCUGCCCUUUUAGAUAAUGUAAAGCGCUUGAGUUGAUA